GUGUUUGAGUCUAACUCCAGCCAGCUUGUCGGCAGCAGGUGCCGCCUGUCAUCCGCUUACUAACGGGACCUCCGACAGACGCAAUGCACCGACUGUUGCUCGUGUUUCUGGCCGCCGCCGGGGCGUCUGUCCUCGGCCUCCCCAGGCUGGAUGUGUCCGCGGCGGCGCCAUGCCGCGCCCCGCUGCAGUGGGAGGGCAGGUGGGUGAUGUACGACCACAGCACCGGGAGGAACAGCCGGUCCGCCGUCUCCUACGACGGCCUGAAGCAGAGGAUCCGAGUCCUGCAGCAGAACAAGAAACACACCCCGUGUCAGAAGUUCUUUGAGUACAUCUACUUGUACCAGAGCAUGGUGAUGUUCCAGAUUGACCAGAAGACCAAGGACUGCUCAAAGGUCGCUCUGACGGAGGCCUGGGAUCCCUACGACGUCCCAGACAACUCCACCUUCGAGGACCAGUACUUCAUCGGAGGCCCCUCGGACAACGUGGAGGUUCAGGAGUGGUCAGACAGGAAGCCGGCGCGCCAACAUGAGUCCUGGGUGGGCGUCUACACCGUGAGUGACUGCUACCCGGUGCAGGAGACCUACACCAGGAACACCAGCGUCACCACCUCCACCCGCUUCUUCAACCUGCAGCUGGGCAUCAGCGACCCCGACGUCUUCACCCCGCCCAGCACCUGUCAAUCAGCACGACUCGAGAGGAUGUCCGAGUGCUGAGGCGUCGCCGGGCCUCACCUUCUACCUUACACACGUAACUUCGGGACUCUUCAGCCUGGACGUUAUGUUCCCAUGUUUGCGUCCAAGCGACUAACGAGGAGACAACAAUUGGUUUUUAGCGAGAGCUUGUUUGUGAUUGUGUCCAACAAAGUGUCGCUCAGUAUUGCUUCUCGUUAGUCGCUGAGACAGAGAAACAUGUAAUUAUAUAUAUUAGUAUUGCGAGCAGUCUCAGACUCUUAAUCAUCUUUAGUUCACUCCAUCACUUACAGGCGUCGUGAGCUUUUGCAUCUAUAACAUCUGGCACAUUGCAUUGUGGGAUUGUUAUCAGAAAGUGGUGUUUUGCGGCACUAAGUGCGUACGCUUCACACGUAAUGGCGUCGAGGAAACAUGGUGGCUUCGGCGUUUUCUACAGUUGUUUAAUCGUUUGCUGCUGAUUUGCUGCAACAUAACAAAGCAGCUCAUGGGGAUGCUUCAAUGGUCUCGAUGCUAACGGUGAGUUUCAAUGUGUUUGUUGUUAUUUCGACGCUGCGAGACUAACUUACAGCGAAGGAGGGUAGAACCUCAUUGCUACAAUGUCUUAAUAGUGAUUUUAAUAUUUUAUUAAUAAAGCAACUGGCUGGAAACUUG